AGAGAGAAGGGAGCAAGACUUAUGUGAUUCAGACCAGCCGCUGAAACGAAGAAAGCGGCAUAGAAGAAAGCAAGUAAAGAACCAAGAACCAUGUUUGAUGAGAGGAGUCUAUUACAAGAACAUGAAAUGGCAAGCAGCCAUUAAAGUUGAGAAGCGACAGAUCCACUUGGGAACUUUCUCUUCUCAAGAAGAGGCUGCUCGUUUAUACGAUAGGGCUGCUUUCAUGUGUGGAAGGGAACCAAACUUUGAGCUCUCGGAAGAGGAAAAACGAGACCUCAAACAACAAAGCUGGGAAGGGUUUUUGGCUUGCACACGCCGAAAAAUUACCAACAAAAAACCUAAGAGAAGGAUGGAGCCAGAGGAACUCUAAUUAGGGUGGGUGUAGUUGAUGAUGAGGAGAUCACUGGUAGUUAUGGUACGCUGUUUACCUGAAGAAAAAGAAGAACGAGAUUCACAAAACGUGACUAUUCUUGCAGACAUCUCUACAAUUUUUUGGCAGAGGGUAAAGAGACUCAAAUACGAAGAAAAUGUUAGAUACAUGAGGCUUAAGAGAUGUAUCAAACAAUUGAUAGGACUUUUUUUUUUGUAGUUCGCUAUAUUUAUUCAGACAUGAUUUGUGUAGCUUAUACCUCACGGGGAAGUUGCUUAAUAUAUUACAAAGAUUUAUUAAA